GCAGCACAUUCAACGGUGUAUUUGAGGUUACGUACAUCGUUGCUUGUGAUAAAUAGAAAACAUCUAAUAAUAAAACAGAUAUGUAACAUCAAAAUGCAGUAUUUAUUAGAAUUUAAGUUAUUUUAAUUAUCUCGCGAGAGAUUUGUAAUAAACAUCUUGUUAUUAACGUGAAUUGAUGCGUCUGAAAUGGAGGCACCCGCAGUAGAGAGUUUACCUUAUUGUAAAGAAUUAUGGGUCUUAAUAUCGGAUACGGUAUGCCGGUGCGAGAGACAACUCGUAGAAGAUGAAAUUAAAAAGGAAACGAAACUUCUCAAAGAGGGUCUUUUAUUUUUUAAACCAUAUACAGAAGCAUCCCUGCAGAACAUACCCAAAAACGAUCCUUCGCCGCGAAUGUACGAAUUAAUUAGCAAGCUUGCUCCUCUUUUGAAUUUGGAUGCUACAAUUACCUGGGAUCUAGUUUGUAAUUUCAUAAAAUAUGAAUAUCGCAAUUGCACAGAAACAUUUGCAUCUCAACUCGUAGAUUUCACUUCGAUGAAAGCAUUGAUUGACGACAUAUGGAACUUUUACUACUCAGAAAGAAUGUCCUUGAUAAAGUGCCUUAAACUUAUGGUCGAAUAUAAAGACAACGAACAUCGUUACCAGAAGGAGUUUGCAAAAUUUUUCGAUAAUGUUUUAUUUGGAACGUUACUGGAGUCUAUCCAAAAACAAAUAGAAAUGUUGAAAACGGUGAACCCACCUGUUAGGUCGCAGUUAUGUACAGAAGAGUACUUACACAGACUAUAUAAUAGCAGUCUUAUCGAAAUGAGGGAACUGCUUCACAUAUUAACUGUCAUCAUUCACGAUAUACAUAUCGCGGAUACGGCAUUCUUGAAACUCUACGAAAGCAUCGGGGGAAAACCAAAACGCUUAGCAAGUACAAAAAGUCACGAAGAUAAGAAAGCAAUUGCCAGGAAAAUCGAAGAAAUACAUUACAGUCAAGCAGCCCUAUUUUUAGUAGCGUUAGAUGCCAGAAAACACAUCGACAUGGAAGACUGGGUACUGAGCGUGAGAAAUAGCAUGCAAGAAACUUUUGAGCACAAAUGCAUUCGCGAUAGUUCCCCCCAAGACAGUCCACUGCUUCUAUCGUGGAUGCUAGCAAAUUACGCGAUCGAUCCAGAAAAUGUCGAUACAUUGAACAGAUUCAAACCAUUUGGAAUCAAAGCCAUACAACUUAACGUCUUCCAUUAUUUGCACGACCUAAUGAAUACCGAAAUGGUCUGUGAAAAGACUCAUUAUGCCGAAGUUGUGCACAGUAGCGUGUACAAUCUCCUCACCUUGGUGUGUGCUUUCGUCGACGAAGAAAAAUUGAGCGCGCUGCAUGGUAUCUUUGAUGCCGUUGCUGCUACGAUUCAAUUUCCUAAAACGGCAGCACGGUUUUGGGAAGAACGUAACGACGGUUUAUGGUUGAUCUACAAAUUCGCAGCUGAACAAUUCCCAUACGAAUUCGAACCAUUAACAAACAUUGCAAUUGGUUUGGCGAGUGCGUCCGAGACUAGUGCCAAAACAAUCGCGGAGGAACUGGACAAUCUCCAGUCAUUGACACUGGAAGUACCUCGGCAGCGAGAUCAUAACAAAACAUUCAAACCAUACGAACAAGAAUGCACGAUUCACAAAAACUCGUACACAAUAUCGGAAAAUUGUUUCCGCGAAAACAUACGCAUACUAUCGAGUGAACGCGAAGUGGUGAUAUUUCGGCAAAAAGCGUGUUAUUGGGACGCUUUGCAUCACAAGAUAGAACAGCUUUUCUCUCAAGCAGGCGGUGGAAACACAAACAUCAACAAGAUGACUAAAAAUUUGCCCGAAAUUGUUUCACAGGGCCUGAAGUUAUUAAAGACAGUAAUUAAGUACAUAGGGAUACCGCAAAGUAUGGUCAUUCCAACGGAACUGAGCUUUGAAAUCAUCAACAGAUUUUCCUAUCCAGUGUUACCCGAGGACAAAAUGUACAUAUACAAGAUCGUAGCCGCGUGCAUCAGCAUUUCGUCCGAACUCGUCCUAGAGUAUCCCGAAGAAAUCCUUUCUCGAAUGCGCGCAGGUGUCUACCCAAGGUUCAACAACCGGUAUCAGAAGACAUUGGACUUCGCGGAAGCAGUUUCGUUCGACGGCGGUAUAAUCGCUUCCUGGUUAUCCUCCAUAGAGACGAUCGCUCAUUCUUAUCCGAUUUUGAACGCGUACUUGGACAUCCUGUCCAAAUAUUUAAUCAGGAAGUACAACGAAGAAGCUUUAUACACGGUAGAGAUACCAGGUAUGGUGUUUCUACUGCAGGGCGUUUUGCCAAAAUUGGAUUCCUGGUAUUUCAAUUCGGACGCGGAGAGGACCGACCUGUGGUUGAAGAGCAUGUUUUGUCUUCACAGAGCUCUCGAGUCUAGCUUAUCGAAAGAAGACAUACGUAACGAAUUACAACUGGUCGUCGCAUACAGUUUACUGUAUCUGGAACCGAGACACGCGUUGCUAAAAUUAAUCCGCACCGGUGAACGUACUUUGCACAAUAAAAUGAUGGCGGAGACGGAUUGGAUUCGCGGGAAAGGAUUCAAGGCGAUCAAAAGCGUACAGUUGGCUCUGUCGGUGGUGAACAGAUUGCUGAUCUUCCGAAAAUCGUUGGGUCUAGAGACUGGAAAUAGAUCACCGUUGGAAGCCGCCUUGUACUCUUCACCUCGCGUACCCAACGGUCUUUUAAUAGUACCCACGAUCGUUAAUUAUCUCUACGUCUGGUUUAGCCCGCCAUUGCAGGCGAUGGCCGUUAGACUGCUGAAAAAAUUCGCCGAAGGAUCGUCUAUGUCUCUGCUCGUUUGCAUGGGUAUGGACGGUACAGCUAUCCGAGAAACCUUUGCCUCUCGUAGAGGACUAAUGUCGCCCACUUGCGUGCCAGAUGUUAAAGUCGCCAUCCUCGAGCUAGUCGCGGUUUGCCUGGAAAAACAACCAGGCUUGACGGAAGCACUCUUCAACAUCGUGCACCCAGCGGAAUGCAAACGGAUCUUUCCACGAUCGGUGGAGGAGUUCUUCACGGAGGGAUGCAGGCAAUUUCUGGUGAAAUACAUGAAUCGAAUCUACGAAAAGGAGGACAUUGUGUGCGACAAAUUGUAUAACAGCACGAUGGCGCUGUUGCGGGCGAUGUGGUAUCACAGGAACGAAAUUCUUGUUAAUUUCUUCCGAAAACGAGAAAAAUUCUGGACUCACCUGUUUGCUCCGCUUUUCAGAGACCUGGUGCCAGGAGCGAAAGGUUACUCCCACCUGUUGGAUAUAAUUACCUUGGAGCUGUUCAAGAGCUCCGUGCUUGAGGAUGACUUCUCGAUGAACCUGAGAAAAUUUAUGGACAAGUCGAAAGAUUACUGGAAGAAACUGGCGAUCUACAUACUCGAAGAUGCGCAUCCUGAAAGCGAGAGAUCGAGUAAUUACGAGAAACAAGACACGAGUAUCAUUUAUUCGCAGUAUGAAAGUAAUUUAGAAUCAUGGUACAACUUUAUCGUCACGUUAACCGACGAAAGAAUCGCAACCAACUAUCCGGUGAACGUGAUCCAAGCGCAAUUAAUAACGCAACGUUCGUUGGAAUCGUUGCUAGAACGAGUGAAACAAUCGCACGAUCUUGGUAGCAGGAAAAUUACAAUGUUGCUAGCUUCUUUGUCCCUGCGAUGUAUUACUUCUUGGAAACAGAUGUGCGUGGACGACUCGAGAAUCUUCAAGACGGGCUUGACGCAGCUGAUGCAAGAGGUAGCCCAAGCCUAUCGCAGUUAUGGAAAAUCGUUGCGUCAGACGCUAAUGUCUUUGCUCCUCGGGUGUGUACAGUGUGUGAAGAGCACUUUGCGCGAGGAUGCGACGAGCCUCGAGUAUCUGUUAGCACAUUCUUGUACGAUCGCCGCGUGCGAAUUGGAGGAACUGAGGGAAGCAGCCGUUCAAUUCAUGAAACGAAGCCAACGGCAACCUAUCGAACGAACGGUGGACGAGAAGGGAACCAUUGGCAGCGUGACGGUGCAAAAGAACGUCGAUGAAAGCAACGCCGAAACUCUUCGUGGAAUUCGGGAGAGCUUGCCCGCCACCCUGGCCGUUUGCAUGGUCACGCAGCUGUUGCGUUCCUACGUAGAACGAAGCUCUCUAGCGAAACACUAUCGGAAGUCUGGAUGCAUGCAACUUCGACUAAUGAUACCCGAGUUGAUGACCUGCAUCGGCAUCACGCUGCAGAAGUAUCCCUAUCUAAGGUUCAGCACAGCCGCGCUGAACCUACUCAACUUAAUCAUUCGUUCGCCGUACACUCUGCACCCCAUCAACGACAAAGACAUCGCCAAUCUAUGGCUAAGCCUAAUCCCGCCCGCGGACAUCGGUAACAGCAUGUUGGACUCCCUGUACGACGACUGUACAAACGGAAAAUGGCGUUGCCAGGAUUGGUGGCCGCUGUACACCCUUGGCCUUGAAUUCCUCACUGGUCUCGUGACCAGAGAAGCGCCCACAAUGUACAUAAAGUCCAUCGUAAUGUUCCUCAACUCCCACGAGUAUCAGCUGAUGGUAGCCUCGACGUUGCUCAGACAUACAGCAGACCUACUGGCUGCAGACCUGGUGCAGUCCCUCGUCGCCCUCAUUCACAUCAUGGCCACAUCGCCAUACAUUUGGAACGCGAUAGAAAAGAACGUCUGCGAGACUCUGAUCAAAUGCAUGUACCUGGCGUACGACAACACGGUGAACUUGCUACUGCGCCCGCGGAUCCUCAAGUUCAUUAUCGACGGAAUCAGCAUGGAAAACGCCGAGGAGCUGGAAUCUUGCGACAAACGAUCGCCCAGUGGCGAACUGAGACUGCUGGUCAACAAGCUGAUCGUUAUAAACACCACCUGCGCGCUCACCUUCGUUCACUUCUCACCGAGACUGAACACCCUGGUGGACACUAUAUACACGCAAGACUUCUGGUACACGCCGAUGGCGGAGAUGAACUUUGGCCCGCCUCUGAUGAGCAUGAUCUCUGGUCCACGGUUAACCUACGGUACGAUCAUUAGCUCGACGCAGCUGUUCACGCAGGCGCUUCACUCUAGGUCUCAACCGAUGAAUUCCUCGUCAGGGUCGUUUGGUGGACAAUCAGACAAAAUGGAUUCUGCCAAGAGAGAAUGGGAGCACGCCACGCCAGAGGACAGGAGAAUGCAUUCGAGCAAAGAUUUGAGAAGGAUCAUCCACGCAGCUUCAGGGUCAGCUUCGAGGUCUAACGUGGGUGGGGAAUUUUUAGUGUACGUCAGUGGUCUUGACGUGACGGUGCCUCUACUGAGCAGCCCAAGACUCGUCAGGAGACCCUACGAUCCUCUCAUUUGCGAGAACACUAUCCUCUCGAGAGCAACGGCUUUGACCAGCGGCAGACACGUGACCAAAGGGAGCGGACCAACUACUGGAACCAAUGGUAGCAGCCCCGUCGUGGCUAAAUAUCAGAAGUUCAGUGAUCCUUGGUUCGAGUCUAUGGACGAAAACAACACGAGAUUAGCGCUCGAGAUCAAUCUCGUGUUAAUAUUGUGCCAAGCCUUGGAAGGUGUGAGGAGUCCCAGAAUCGCUCUCAGAGACCGUCAACUGAUAGCGCGCGAAACGGUGACGGAGUUGGGAGUUUUCUUCGAUUUUCUCGAACACCUAGGCACGCCUGACAAUUGGCCAGUCGAAGGAUCGUUGAUCAACGCUGGUACCAAAAGCGUGAGAACAAUCGAUCAGCCAUUUGAUCCGAAGCAAAGCAUUUUACCAGCGAGAUUGAAGGAGUCUGAACGCGGUAGAUUGGAAGAUAAAGUUUUCACUACGGGACGGUUCCCGAUCAAUAUCAGUAACGUACAAUUUUUGCCAUUAAUGGGUAAAUUGCUUAAAACCGUCGUGGAAUCUUUGGAUUUAACGCAGUACCGAUAGCGACGAUUGUAUUUCGUAAUGGAGCACAUCGUGUGUGCUUUAAAUGAAGACAAAGGAAAGGUGGAUGAGGAAACGAAACAGAAGACAAAAUUCGUUUUUCGUGCUUGGUAUCGUAUAAAGGAUAAAAAAAGUUUGAUGAAAAGAAUAAAUCGAGGGUGAUUGCCGUCGACACUAUAAAAGUGUCCAACGAACGAUAUUCGUAUCGAUCUUUAAAGACACUUGGACACUU